CGGGGCGGACUCCCGGGGCGGGGCGGGGCAGGAGCGGCGCGGUCACGUGUGUACACAGGCCCGCGCGGCGUGCGCGCCGUCAGCCCCGCCGCCUCUCUCGGAGCCCCGAGCUGCCCCCCUCGCGGCGACUGCGCGGUCCGCGGCCCAGCGAGCCGCCCGCCAUGUGGAGCUGCCCACUCAACGGCACGGGCGGCGAGGACCAGCUCCCCUGCCAGCAUGUCCAGCGGGCCCUGUCCGCCCUCUCGCUGCUCUACCUGCUUGUCGGCGUCCCCCUCGGCCUCGGCUACAAUGCCCUGCUGCUGCUGGUCAACCUGCACGACCCGGGCGGUAUGACCAUGCCUGACGUCUACUUCGCCAACAUGGCCGCGGCCGGCCUGGUCCUCGGCGCCCUGGCGCCUGCGCACCUGCUGGGCCCCGGCGCUGCCGGCUGGGCCGUGUGGGACGCGGGCAGCGAGGUCCACGUCACGCUGCUGGUGCUGUUCAACGUGGCGGCACUGGUGACCCUGUACUCCACGGCACUGCUGGCCCUCGACUGCUACAUCGAGCGGGCGCUGCCGCGCACCUACAUGUCGAGCGUCUACAACACCAGGCACGUGUGCGGCUUCGUGUGGGGCGGUGCCCUGCUCACCGGCUUCUCCUCCCUGCUCUUCUACAUCUGCGGCCACGUGGCUGCCAGGCUGGCCGAGUGCUCCCAGGUGCGGCACACGGAGGCGGCCGACGCCAUCAUGCUGCUCAGCGGGUACCUGGUGCCCGUCCUGGCCGUGCUGUACGCGCUCGUGCUCCUCACGCGGAUCCGGAAGGAGGACACGCCACUCGACCGGGACGCGGGCCAGCCGGACCCCUCGGCGCACAGGCUGCUGGUGGCCACCGUGUGUGUGCAGUUCGGGCUCUGGACGCCCCACUACCUGACGCUCCUGGGGCGCACGGUCCUGGCUGCGCAGGGGAGGCCAGCGGACGGGCACCACCUGGGGGCGCUGCUCCUCGCCAAGGACCUGUCCAGGUUCCUGGCCUUCGCCAGCAGCGCUGUGGUGCCGCUUCUUUACCGCCACAUGGACAGAAACUUCCCCGGCAAACUCCGGCGGCUGAUGAAGAAGCUGCAACGUGGGCACCAGAGCUGCUCCUUGGACGAAGCGGGGGCACAGCCGGCGAUGGCGUAGACGCUGCUCCACGGGCCUCGGCCAACCGAGGGGCAGCCGGCGCGUGGCAGAAGGCACAGCCCGCAGGGACCGGGUCCCCCGCGCCCGCUGCUUGCUCCCCCCCCCCCCCCGGCGUCCAGGAGACUUGCUGGCCCUGCAUCACCCGCUCCCUCCCUCCCUCUCCCCAGGAGACCAGGCAGAGCCAGGCGAGUCCCCCACAAGAAGCCACCCUCAGGCCGAGGCCGUGAUGUCCGAGCAGCAGGUGCCAGGCGUGAGGAUGAGCUGGGCCAUCGGGGUACCUGGCCGCCCGCAGGGUGUGUGCUUGUCUCCUACGGGCGCCUUUCUGGUCCACGCCUGCAGCAGCCUGCUUCCCUCAGCCUCACGUCUGGCUUUCAAAUGAGUGAUGAAAAUCUAACGCCACUAUUUAUACUUUGUAUUGUUAAAAUACUCCAUCCCCCCUCCCUCUUGUUUUGUUGUGUAUGAAGAGACGUUUGGUAGGAAAGUCAGAAGGUAUUAAAAUGAAGGAGACACA